AUGAUCAUUACAGGAAAUGAUGAGCAGGAAAUUCAAAAUCUCAAGCAGUUUCUCAACGGAUGUUUUCGGAUUAAAGAUCUUGGACUAUUAAAAUAUUUUCUUGGUGUGGAAGUUGCAUGCUCUAAAGAUGGGAAUUCAAUUUGUCAACGAAAGUACACUCUAGACAUAUUGGAGGACGCUGGUUUGCUUGGAGUGAAACCCACUAAAGUCCCCAUGGAACCCGAGUUAGUACUAACGACAACAGGCAGUGAUGCCCUCAAGGAACCAGCUCAAUAUCAACGAUUAAUUGGAAAAUUAAUCUACCUCACCAUCACCAGGCCAGAGAUUACAUAUGCAGUGAACACUUUGAGUCAGUUAAUGCAAGAACCCAAGCUGCACCACCUCAAGGCAGCACGUCAUCUUCUUCAAUAUCUGAAGAACGCGCUUGGGCAAGGCUUACUGUUUUCUACAAAAAGUUAG